GUCUCUCGAAUCAAUAUCGCCGCGGGCGCUCCUUAACUCUGCGAGAGCGCGGCCUGUCUGGCCCUGUCCCUACGUCGCAGCUACGGCCAGGAUGGCCGACACCGAAUUCGAGGAGUUCCGCUACUACUUUGACAGGCUACCCCAGCAUCUGAAGGCGCCCAUAUCGAAUUACACUCUCGUGCACGAUGUGAUACUGGACGACUCGCCGACCUCGUCGCAAGGGAGCGAUGGCGAAGUCGGCCGGGUGAUCCUGGACUCCGAGGACGAGGAGGUCGUGGUGUUACACAGCGGUCAUAGCUCGGCCGACGACAGCGAGGAAUGCGAGCAGAUGUGCUGUUCGUCCAUUGUCGCCGACAGCGAUUUCAGCUUGUUCACCGGCUUGAACAGUGGCGUCGGAGGAAGCCGAGGCCGAGGCGGCCGCGACAGCGUCAUCAGCGACAUCGGGGACUCGUGCUCGUCGCUGAGCUCAUGGCCGACGCCGGAGCACCAGCCGAGGCCGAGCAUCGGGGCGAAGCUGCAACAGCCCGGCACCGAGCGCAGACGCAGGCGCCUGCCCGAGAUACCCAAGAGCAAAAAGUCGCUCUCGUGCCCGCUGUCGAUGCAGUCCUCGCCGUCGCUGGCGGACGAACUCGGGGCCGUCGCCGGCGGCAUGCCCCACCUCAUAUUCCGGAAGUGCCAUCCUAAUCUGCGCCACGAGGACAGCUCACCGGAUAGCGAGCGGAUGGCCAACGACAGCGGACACUCGACCGCCCACUCGCCGGACAACGGACCCAAAAGCGUGUCGCCCGUGCCCUGCAGCUCGCUCCACAACAUCAACUCGGUCUCGCUCGACAGCAUAUCCGGAAGCGGCGGAAUCCCUUUCUCGCAGCUGGAACUGCUGGAGGCGACGCAUCGGGGUCUACACAAAUUCAUCCCGAGACAUCGAGACGAAAUUGACCUUGAGAUUGGGGACCCGAUUUAUGUACAGAAGGAGGCCGAUGAUCUGUGGUGCGAGGGUGUUAACUUACGGACAGGACGUCAGGGCAUCUUCCCCUCGGCCUACGCAGUCGACAUGGAUUACAGUGACUUUGACCCUACGGCGCCGAAGAUCAAACGAGAGCGCUACCUCCUGGGUUACCUCGGCUCCGUCGAGACGCUCGCGAACAAGGGUACGAACGUCGUUUGCCAGGCCGUACGCCGGAUCGUCGGCAAUACUGCCGACGAGUCUCCCAUGUCGCAGAGCUGCAUCCUCGAGAUAUCCGAUCAAGGGAUCCGGAUGAUCGACAGGAGCAAGCCCAAGAAAAACUCGAGACCCUGUCACGACUACUUUUACUCGCUAAAAAAUGUUUCCUUCUGCGCCUUUCAUCCACGAGAUCAUCGUUACCUUGGAUUUAUCACGAAACACCCGACGCUGCAGAGGUUUGCCUGUCACGUAUUCAUGGGGCAAGAUUCAACGAGACCAGUCGCAGAAGCAGUCGGGAGGGCCUUUCAUCGAUUCUACACAAAGUUCAUCGAGACUGCUUUCCCGAUUGAAGACAUUUACAUUGAAUAAAUAUUCCGUCAACAACAUCCCUUGUAAAUAUAUUCCUCAUAGUUAGCCAGCGCACGGGCAGAGAUCUACAAUAUAUUAUGUAUGAAGAGUUAUGUAACAAACUUGAAGCGCAUAAAUCAGCGCAUUUGACUUUGAUUUUUCGGUCCCAA